AUGGAGAUUCUCACUAUCCUAAUUGGGAAUAGCAAAGAGACCAAAGCUUGCACAUCUUUUUCAUCAAUAGCUGUACUUGAACAUUUUACAGUGACAUGCGUCGUUUUGAUCACUAUCAUAUUCGUCGGCACUUCCUUCGAAUCCAAGAUGCAGAUGUUCCUUCUGGCGAUACUGUCAGCAUCUAUAAUAGACUUUUGGAUAGGAUCAUUUUUUCCACCCAGCCAGGAAGCAAUAUUGCGAGGAGCUACGGGAUAUAGCUUAAAUACCUUAUACGAAAAUUUCCUACCACAAUUUCGGGGAGAAAACUUUUUCUCAACCUUUGCUGUGUACUUCCCAGCAGCAACUGGUAUGAUGGCUGGCGCGAACAUCAGUGGAGAUUUGGCGGAUCCACAGCGUGCGAUUCCGCUCGGGACACUCCUAGCAAUUGGCAUCACCACAUUGAUCUACCUAGCUACGGUUUGGAUGACUGGGACUACUUGUGUAAGAGAUGCAGAUGGUAUAUCUCCUCCCAUGUUUAAUGGCACAACUUUUAUACCUCCGGAGUGCGCGGCUAAUCAUACUUGCCCCUAUGGCCUUAUGAACUAUUACCAGAUUAUGGAAAUGGAGUCAAUGUGGGGUCCCCUUAUUACUGCCGGAAUUUUCGCCGCCACGCUUAGCUCAGCUCUUGCAUCUCUUGUAAGCGCACCGAAAGUUUUCCAGGCUGUUUGCAAAGAUCGUCUAUUCCCAAAAAUUGACUACUUCGCAAAAGGUUAUGGGAAGAAUGAAGAGCCAAGAAGAGCGUACGGUCUCACGUUUAUCAUCGCUAUGGCUAUAAUUGCCAUAGGUGAUCUCAAUAUCAUAGCCCCUAUCAUAUCCAACUUCUUCCUUGCUUCUUACGCUCUCAUCAACUAUUCGUGCUUCGAUGCGUCGUUUGCGGAUUCACCAGGUUUUCGUCCCGGUUUCAAAUACUACAAUAUGUGGGUAUCAUUAGCUGGCGCACUACUAUGCCUCACAGUGAUGUUUAUAAUGAGUUGGGCCACGGCGUUGAUCACUUUCAUCUGUUUUGCCGCACUCUUCCUCUACAUCUUACACCGUAAACCAGACGUAAAUUGGGGUUCAUCAACGCAAGCGCACAGUUAUAAGACCGCCCUUGCGGGAAUGAUCAAGCUAUCUCAUACUGAAGAGCAUGUCAAGAAUUACAGACCACAAUUCCUCGUGUUGUGUGGAAAUGCUGCAGCGAGGCCAUCUCUGAUUGAUUUUGCUUACAAUAUCACGAAGGGAUCCUCUCUUAUGAUCUGCGGUUAUGUGGUCCCUUACAACCCUUCCGAGCGAGUAUAUUCCGUCAUGCGAAAAUUAGAGCGUCAGUUGAGCGAAUGGUUACGGAAAAGGCAUGUAAAAGCUUUCUACACUGCUGUCGCUAACGUCAGCCUUCGAGCAGGUGCUCAGUCGCUACUCCAAGUAUGCGGCCUCGGUAAAUUGAGACCAAACAUCAUCCUCAUAGGAUUCAAAUCGAAUUGGUAUCGUUACGGCGCCAUACCAGAGACUUUGGAUGAGAUGAACGACUACUUUGGCACUAUCCAAGACGCUUUCGACUCCAACAUGGCUGUGUGUGUACUCCGGAAUGGAAAUCUCGGUCUCGAUUUUAGCGAAGCGAUGAAACUUCUAAACGUAGGCGAACAUAAACGACUGGACAUAAAUCUGGAUGAAAAUGCAGAAAAAGAGUAA